AUGGACAGCCGGGUCCUCGAGCAUCCUCACGCCCAGUUCGCGGGCUCCUUGGGCGGCUUGGUGGGCUUCCCGUACGGGCUCGGCCCCCAUCACCACCACCACCACCACCACCUCUACGAGCUCGCCAACGGGCACCAGCUGCAGUCCGCGGCCGCCGCCGCCGCCGCCGCCUCCCCCUUCUCCAUAGACGGAUUACUUAACAGCUCGUGCUCGGCCUCGGUGGUCAACCCGCUGCUGUCGCCCGACAGCCAGCAGUUCAAACUCUCAGAUUUGGGGGACCCGGAUAAGGACGGUCCCGGUUGUAAGAGGAGACGCACGCGGACGAAUUUCACCGGGUGGCAGCUGGAGGAGCUCGAGAAGGCGUUCAACGAGAGCCACUACCCGGAUGUGUUCAUGCGCGAGGCGCUCGCGCUCCGGCUCGACCUGGUGGAGUCCAGGGUUCAGGUUUGGUUCCAGAACCGGCGCGCCAAGUGGAGAAAGAAGGAGAACACAAAGAAAGGCCCGGGCCGGCCGGCCCACAACUCCCACCCGACCACGUGCAGCGGCGAGCCGAUGGACCGCGAGGAGAUCUCCCGGCGCGACGAGGAGCGCCAAGAGAAGAAGAAACGGAAGCAGGAGCGGAAACUCCUGAAGUCGCAGAACAAGCUGCUGGCCGGCGGCGACAGCUUCCACACGCCGGGCGGCUCCGACAGCGACAGCGGCGUCUCGCAGUUCACCGACAGCGAGCAGCCGCCGGCGAGCGGCGGCGGCCGCAUCGAGCUGCCGGCGACGCCGCCCGCCGCGGGCCGCCGGACCGACUCGGAGCGGACGCCGCUCGACUACGGCGUCCUGCGGCACGACCAAAGAGCGGCGGGGGAACCGGAGCGGCUCUCCUCCUCGCCGGGCAGCACGCACAGCUGCAGCCCCGGGGGCCCGAGGGCCGCCGCCGCCGCCGCGCAGAAACGCAACCCGUUCAGCGUGGAGAGCCUCCUGGCGGACGCCGCGCCGCGGAGGAAACUCCCGCCGGACUUCCCGCCGCUGGCCGGUCAGAGGACGCUGGUGGGCAAAGGCCACUUCCUGUUUUACCCCAUCACCCACCAGCCGCUGGGCUUCCUGGUGCCCCAGGCGACCCUGAAGGGUCAGGACGGCGGCGUCCACGGCCGGCCAGGCCAGAGAUGCGUGUCGGCGGGCGCCGGGAGCCCCGACCUCCUCGGGUACGGGCCCCCGCCGUCGGGCCCGGCGGAGCGCCGCCGCGGUCACACGAGCAAUAUGGAGGGCGGAGACACGGACGCGGAGGAGCGCGGCGUUGGCGUCGCGCUCCCCGGGUCUCCCCCGCCGAACGACACCAGCGACCACGGCAGUUUGAAAGUUCGGUCGGAGGCCGGCGAGCCGACCGCCGAGGGGGCGGCGGCGGCGGCGGCGUGCGCCUCGAGAGGCGAGCGAGCGUCUCCGGACCCCCGCGAGGGUUUGGAGGCAAACACAGACGGUCACGAAACCCCCGACACAGAUGGCGAGGACGUGGAUAUGGACUAA